AUGGCAACCCUAAUUUCUAAGAAACCAUCCCCUUCAGAGAUCUCCAUCAACUCAGCUUCUUCUCAUGAAAAAGAAUCACCUGAACCAAACCAACCCAAAUCAGAUUUUGAUCUUUUGUUUAAUCAAAAGGCUAAUGCUAAAGAUGAUUCAAUUAGUGGAUCUGAAGUCGAACUAAAACUCUUUAGCGUUGGUUCUUCAUUUCAAGCCAACGAGUUGUUAUCAACCAUACGUAACAAAAAGCAACCAAAACAAAGAGGCUUCUCGUGCAACUUUUGCAACAAAAACUUUUCCACAUCACAGGCCUUGGGGGGACAUCAAAAUGCACAUAAACAAGAGCGUGCAAUAGCGAAACGACGUAAGGAGAUGGACAUGGGUGCUUUAGGGCAUCAUCAUCAUUUCUCUUAUUAUCCUUUUUCAACUUUAAACCAUCAAGUUCCUCUUUAUGGAUCCUAUAAUAGAUCAUCUCUUGGGGUUAGUGUGCAGUCUCCGAGGAUUCGAAGGCCAGCGGCGGCGGUUUUUCCAUGGGUCCCACUCCGGGAUCGAUUUGGCAAUGGACAAGUCUUGAUGAAUUCAAGGCUAGAUUACGAAAAUCGCAGGCAGCAGGGUUUGAUGCAGGCUCAAAAGGGUUCAAGCAUUGCGGCGAAUAAACCUCCCACUAGUGGUGACUCUCUGAAGGGAGAGAGUCCAUUACAAAGUGAUCAUAAGGACGAUCAUUCAUCAAAACUUGAUUUAUCUCUCAAGCUUUAGAUAAUUUAUUUUUGUUAAAAGUAUAUAUUUUGAUUGUUAUUCUUAGGACUUGCUUUCUUUGAUUUACAACUUUGGUGGGUUCAAGCAUUAUGCAAAGAAAAAAAGCCUCUCUCAUAAAUGGUGACUAUG